UUUAUUGGAUAGCCAUGCUUUUCCAUACUUCAGUGUUGUGAAAGACAGAACCUUGCAAGAAUCGAAUACAGUGGUAAGUGCUGUGUCAAGUCUGCUAAGCCCAAAGAGCUCCGUGCGUGACCUCAGCUGUUCAUUCCAUUCGGGGUGAAGUUGAUACAAGAAGUGCAUGUAAGCGGUGAUUGCUGUGAUUGACUCGAUGCGCGCCCGGCGCCGUACGCGGGAGCAUGCUCGUGCACCUAUUGGUACUUAGCACCGCGUUCGCGGCAGCCACCAGCGGCAAACACGGUGUGGAGGUACCAGAAUUUGGGGAGCCAAUCACUAAUCUGACAGUACCCAUCGGCCGCGACGCGACCUUCAAGUGUAUAGUCGUGAAUUUAGGUGUUUAUCGAGUGGGCUGGGUGAAGGCGGACACAAAGGCGAUACAGGCGAUUCACGAUCACGUGAUCACGCACAAUCACCGUGUGUCAGUCUCACACGCAGACCACUCUACGUGGUACCUACAUAUAAAGAACGUGCAAGAAGAGGACCGGGGGCAGUAUAUGUGCCAAAUCAACACAGAUCCAAUGAAGAGUCAAAUGGGGUAUCUGGAAGUAGUCAUACCACCGGACUUCAUUCCCGAAGAGACAUCUGGGGACACCAUGGUACCUGAAGGUGGCACUGCCCGAGUGUCGUGCAGAGCUCGUGGUAUCCCCCCACCAAGAGUUAUGUGGAAGCGAGAAGAUGGACAGGAAAUAGUUGUAAGAGAUGGUACUGGCGCAAAGUCUAAAGUGCUAACGUACCAGGGUGAAGUAUUAAAGUUGACGAAGAUAUCGCGUUCCGAGAUGGGGACGUACUUAUGUAUCGCUAGUAAUGGCGUGCCACCCACAGUUAGCAAGAGGAUUCACAUAAGUGUACACUUUCAUCCAGUGAUCCAGGUGCCUAACCAAUUAGUGGGAGCUCCACUGGGCACCGACGUUACACUGGAGUGCUAUGUGGAAUCAUCGCCUAAGUCAAUCAACUACUGGGUUAAAGAUCCUGGUGAGCUAAUAAUACCAUCUGAGCACCACGAGAUGGCUGUGAGACAAAAGUCUAUGUUCGAAGCGGAAAUGUCCAUGACCAUUAAGAACAUCCGGCGAGAAGACCUCGGGAGCUACAUAUGCGUUGCCAAAAACUCGCUCGGAGAUGUGGAGAGCAAAAUUAGAUUAUAUGAAAUACCAGGUACCGACAAACAUAUCUACCAAUACCCAGACGAGAGGACUACCUCUGACGACGAAUACGGUACUGAAGUGUAUGAUGAUUUCGACGAUCAAGAGUCUGAGAAAAGCAACCGUGUACCAGACCGAGCCAACAAAUGGUAUGCGAACGACGGCAAAGUAGUCGUAACUACUAACAAUGCGUCGAUAAUAACGGCAACUAUGAUUAUUUUUGCAGUCCUAAGUUUUUUAGAUAACAUAUCUUAAAUUACGUACUGAUAGGUUUAUUUGUAUGUACUCCGAAGUAUUUUUAGUGGCGUAAUCUUAGCGUUGAUGCGUAUCACACUCUGACGCAAUUAGUCAAAUGAAACGAAAGUGUAUAUAUUUUAUAAGUGCGGAUUUUUUUGUUUCUGCAAUCUGAAUCUUUUUAGUAAAUGCAUUGAAAGUAAUUAAUGUAAAACCAAACCGCAGCGUCCUUUCGCGGCGUUCAAGUAAGCGUUAUCCGUUCCACCACCUCUCCGGCUCAGGGAAAAGGGAUGUGAUCCUAAAGCUGGAUAUCCCAAGUUUAAUCCCCGGCUGGGGCUAUUUGGGAAUUUGUCUGAUGUGGUUUAGUGGGAGCUGCAUGCCGCAAAGCGAUGAAGCGUUCCGGUGCUGCGUUGAAACCGAUUGGGGUACCAUACUCCAAACAGGUUAGCCCACUACUGUCUUAGAUUGCAUCAUCAGUUACCAAUAGGUGAGAUUGCAUUCACAGGCUAACUUGCAGUGGAAUAAAAAAAAGACGUAUCAAAACUCUCUAUCUCAAACGGGCGCGUCUUGUCUUGGUUGGACGCAAAUUUGUGGUUUUUACUUCGUCACAUCACCAUUGUAAGAAAAUGUAAGUUGUCUGAAAAAAAUAACAACCAAGUAAUACUCAAAUUAAUUUGUUUCAAUAAUAUCGAUCUACUAUUUCUUGAGCGUCACUAUUUUAAUAGUUUAUUUUACUUAAAAAUACAAUGAUACUAUCCCAUAGUA